AUGACAAGUAGAGAUAGAGAUAGAUUUAGAAAAUACGAGUCAGAAAGUAAUAAAAGAGCACGUCAACAGCAGAGAGACUAUUUUAUAAAAAAACAAACGGGAUCUUUCGAUAAAUAUCUUAAGCCAAGGCCAACUACAUCUCAAGAAAAUGUUGCAUCUGUUGUAACUAAAACUAAUAAUGAAUACGUCAAUAUAAUUUCUGAUAGUUCAACAAGUAUUUAUGAACAAACAUCCCCUCUUAUAUCUGAAACUGAUCACAUCCUUCAGAAUAACGUGACUAAAUCUUUAGAAAAUGAAUUAUCUACAAUUUCUUAUAACGAACCAUCCGCAGCUGUUCAACAUUUAAGUAAUUCUACUUUUGAAUCUCCAAUAGUUAUAACUGAUUUAACAGACCCAGGAAAUUGGCCAAUCCAUCUUACUCAUGCUGUACGUAUCGAUAUAGUAAAAAACGGCCCCUGUAAAGUGGAAAAUUUUAAUUACCCAAUAGACUCCGAGCAGAGAAAAUUUUCCGAUUAUUACUAUACUCUCAGAUUAUCAAAUGGUGAAGAUUUUCCAUCACAUAUAAAUGGACUUAGUACAGCGGGUAUAAACGAUUGGAGACAUUUAUCAAGAAUUCUGAAUAAACAUGAAAAUUCUUCAAAUCACUUACAGUCACUAAAAGCUUGGUAUGAACUUAAAACAAGAGUCAAUAAAUGUCAUACAAUUGAUAAUGACCAUAUGAAAAUAAUCGAAAAAGAAAAAGCUCAUUGGCGGAAUGUCUUACUAAGAGUUCUUGCUGCAAUACAGUAUUUAGCUAAAAAUAAUGAUGCUUUCCGAGGAUGUUUUAUAUGA